AGGACACGUUUCCAGCACGCUGCCAAGGAGAAAAGCGCAAAUGGAGAUACAUCUAUAUUUUUGUCUUUUAACUCUGUGAGACUUUAGAAAUGACGUUGGGAACCUUCGACUCGGUAGUGAGAGAAACAUGUCAAAGUUGGGUCUUUAAACUUCAUUGAAUCAUCUCUUCCUUUUGUCUGUGGGGAAAAAGAUGAUCAGGGCAUGAAGUCUGUAUUAUAAGUCAAAUACUAACGUUAAUAUAAAGCCUUUUUAUUCACUUAACUCACUGCAGUAUUUUGGGGUCUUCACAUACUCAAAGGAACAAUGUGUACCAGACGGGACCAUUCAGGAUGCUCCGGAUGAGCCACUGGAGACCCGUUUAGUCUGAAAGAUGAAUUUUACUCCUAGGUUCUUAUAUGAGAUGAACCAAAAACUGCAGGCAUCUGCGAAUUAUUAGCAGUCCGUGAAGGCAUUUUCUAAAUACAAUUUAAUUUGAGAAUGAGGAACAAGUAUGCAGUCAUCCUUAUCUGCAUUGUGGCACUUGUCAUCAUUGAAAAGGAAAACAAUAUUAUUUCAAGGGUCUCAGAUAAGCUGACACUCCGACGAGCAACACAGACUUUGGAGUCUCAAGUGCUCUACAAUGCUUCCAAUGCUCUGGUCAUAAUGGAGGACAACAGCUCAUAUCCAGAGGAGAUGUAUGCUGAGAAUGACACUCAGAUCUUAAAGGCAGGCCAUAAGCACAUCCUCUUGAUGGCUACAACACGGACAGGUUCCUCCUUCGUGGGCGAAUUAUUCAACCAACAGGGUGCCAACAUGUUUUACCUCUUUGAGCCACUGUGGCAUGUGGAGAAGAUGUUAUCGAUUGGCACGAGUGGCACAAAUGCCAGUAUGGCUGUUUGGGUGUACAGGGAUGUCCUGCAGCAUCUCUUCUUGUGUAACUUCUCCAUGUUGGAGCACUUCAUCAGUCCUCCUCCUCAGGAUCAUGUUACCCCUGCCCUUUUCCGCAGGGAGUCCAGCAUAGCCCUGUGUGAAGAGCAAGUCUGCACUGCUGUCAUUAAAGACGUUUUCGAGAGGUACCACUGCAAGACAAGGCGGUGUGGACCGCUCAAUUUGACCUUGGCGUCUGAGGUCUGCCAGGCAAAAAAGCACAGGGUUAUCAAAACUGUGAGGGUCCAGCAGCUAGACACGCUUCGUUCCCUAGUGGAGAACCCUCAAUUGGACAUCAAACUCAUACAGCUGGUAAGGGACCCGCGAGCCAUCCUGGCAUCAAGGAUGGUGGCUUUUGCCAGUAAGUACCAGAACUGGAAAAGCUGGGCUGUGAAUGGGGACGUACCUGUCGAGGAUGAGCAGGUGAAAAGCCUCGAAGGAAACUGUAACAACAUCCGCAUGUCUGCCGAGCUGGGCUUGAGUCAGCCUAAAUGGCUGGAAAACCGUUACAUGCUUGUACGUUACGAGGAUAUUGCCAGAUAUCCCAUGCAGAAAGCAGCUGAAAUGUACAAUUUCACAGGGAUUCCAUUUACAACACAAGCAAGGGACUGGAUCCUUAAGAACACACAUGCUUCAACGGAAGACAGUGGUGUGUAUUCCACCCAAAAAAACUCCUCAGAACAGGUGGACAAAUGGCGGUUUAGUAUACCGUUCAAACUGGCCCAAGUUGUUCAGCAAGUUUGUGGACCAACCAUGAAGCUUUUUGGGUAUAGGUUUGUACACAAUAAACAGACACUGGUAAACAGAUCUUUUAGUUUGCUUGAAGAGAAAGAAUUUACUUUGUCAUAGAUUUGAUUAUUUUUCACGUUUUGAUGCAUGCAUUUUGAAAGGCGACCCAGUUGUGAAAUGUGACAGGUUUAGCACAGUGGGAUGUUUUGCAUUUUAAAGUAUGUGUGUCAUGUAUAACAUGGUUUGAAUGGAACGCAAGAACCUCUAUCUUGGAUUGGUUAAUUGAGAUUGAGCAACUGGUUUAAGAUGCCUACAUUUAUAUUUACAUUUUACAUUUAGUCAUUUAGCAGAUGCUUUUAUGCAAAUCAACAAACAAAUAAGGUAUAUAACAAGCAAUUUGUGAUACAAAAGUCAACAAUAUCUGCAGUAUCGCACCAUUUGAAAAACAAAGUUGUAAUGUAAUGUAAUGUGAGGACAAAAUCCUCCAUACUUUUUGCAUGAGAAAAGAGUUGCUCUGACAGUGUCUGACACGUGGACAUGUGUGAUUGUGUAAGUAUAUUUGUGUGUGAGAGCGUGUAUCUGGGAAUAUUUCAUUUAUCACUCAACCUGAAAAAAAUUACCUGAAAGGAUAACUUUAUUAACUAUAAGGAAACAAAGGAAAAUUUUAUUUAUGUAUGGUGCUUCUAGGAUUGUGGGUCCUUUUAAGUGGGUUUGUUGAAAGUAAGGAAAUUUAUCUGGCUAUUACGCGAUAUUAACUGGGAAAAUAACUUUGCCACUGGGCAAACAGGCUUUCAGUUUAAAAAGGCAGCUUUUGGCAGCCAGCUGUGAUUACAGAGUACAAUGGUUGUAUUAUUCUCCACAAAACUGAAGUGCAGAAUAGUCCUCUGUCCAUGCAAUAUAAUAAUUUUAAAAUAAGACUGGAAUGAAGAAAAAAAUGUGGAAAAUUGAAAUAAAAAAAGAGCAUUGUGAAUUAUGCAAUUUAAAUUAAAAGUUUAUGUUUGUAAACUCUUGCUUAAGAAAAUACCAUUAAGAGGAAUCAUUUCAUUCUUAAUAUGAAAGUGAAAACAACCCGACUCAUAACUAAUUUCAAGUUUCUGCGUUUUCUCACAGGAUGGAUAAAAUACAAAAUACUCUAUUCGGACUCUCUGCCAACAGCGCAAAAUAAUGGAGAAAACACCAAAUAUUCCAAUAAAUUUUGUUCUUUGGCUAUGGCAAAGUACACAGGAGGAAUACAUGAUAAAUUCAUAACAAUUUUUAGGCAUUAUGUGGCUUUUUAGUGUAUGGCUGCACCUUCACUUCGGACAGUGUAUACAUCUGACAGUACCAAUUAAGGACAAUAUGAAGGUGGAGUGUUUGUGUCUAUUAAUGAGAGGAAACUCUUAUCCUACAAAGGACCUCUAAAUACUAUAAACAGGAGAUUUUAUAAGCUGUUUUUCUUUAGAGACAUAACACUCAGUACAAUCUCUUCAUUGGGAAAAAGCAUAGCAUUUUUGAAGCAUUGUAAUGGUAUUUACUUACACAUAACUUCAUUAGUUUGAAGCCCUCAGGGCAAACACUACUUCAGUCCCUUUCAAAACUUCACAUAAGCGUUACUUUUAGAAUGACCAAUUGUGAAUUAUUCUUAGUUAAACAUCAGGAAACACUGAGUCAGUCUUCCAUGACAAAAUAACAAAACAAUUAUCGACAUGAAAUUUCCAUGAACAUUCCCUAAAUCUUUGUUAGUAAUUUAAGAGCUAAACUUGGGAACAGUGAUGUUUUCUUUGUAAACAUAACUUUACAAUCUUAUCUGACUUGUUAUUUUGGAUAUACAAAUUUACGGUGAACUCAUUCCACAUCAUCCUGAAACAGUUUCCUGAGCUGUGCCUUGGCAACUCAGAUGUUCUUUAAAUAUAGCUACAUUGGUAUAUUUAUGGCUUACAUCAUAUCGACUCUGAUAGAAAGAGACAGAACUGAAAAUGUUACCUUGAGGGUUGAGAUCCACCCAUAUUCACACAUAUACAUCAUAUUUAUAGCA